AUGCAAUUUGUACGCAAGGCCGAAGAAGCCCUGACAGGCAAGAAGGAUGACUCGCAUGAGUCGACUCAGUCCUCUAACCAUGGCCCUCACUCUUCCAACCUGGCCAAUAAGCUUGACCCCCGUGUAGACAGUGACCGCGACAACCGUGCUGUCCAUACCGAGGUGGACGACAAGCACCUCAGCACCGCCAAAGACUAUGGCAGUGGCACUGCUGGAGCAACCACCGCCGACACUCACGGUCUUGGAGAUACAGGCCACGGCUCAACUCUUGGCUCGACUACUCACGGCACCACGAAGUCUGUAGCUGAUACUGGAGCAACCACUUACGGUAGUAGCAGUAGCAACGCGGGUCCUCAUAGCUCCAACAUUGCCAACAAAGCCGAUCCUCGUGUUGAUUCUGACCGCGACCACCGUGGCCGUCGCGAGACUUUCACCAACCUUGGGGCAACUACUGGGACAACCCAUGACACCAGUACCAAUGCUGGUCCACACGACUCCAACGCCGCGAACAAGCUCGACCCUCGCGUCGACUCGGACCGUGACAACCGCGCCCUCCUCUCUGGAGCUGACAACACCCCUGCUCUGGGUUCCACCCACGGCAGUCAUGGCCCCAGCUCGACCCUGGGCUCUAACACUCACCCUCUGGCCAGCACUGGAACUGCCUCUCAGAGCACCAACCUUCGGCCUCAUGACUCCGACCUCGCCAACAAGCUCGACCCACGUGUCGACUCAGACCUUGACGCCCGCACUACUCACCAGUCCCUAUCUGGUAUUGGUACUGGCACGGUCACUCACGGCUCUCAUUCUCGUGACACAGCUUCAGGUCUGGCUCCUGGUCAGGGCCUUGCAGGUAGCAGUUACAACACCCCAACUGGAACUGCCACGGGCACUUCCGGUACCACUGCUACGGCUGGUCCUCAUGACUCGAGCGUUGCGAACAAGCUUGACCCAACUGUUAAGUCGCAGGUUCCAGCCGACAGUGCCCAGCGUGAGAUCUAG